AUCUCCCCCUUCUCUCUCUCUCUCUCAACCAUUUGAGCUCCAUGAACUUUUCCUUCUCAGUUAUUUCCAUUGUAUGUAACCUCUCAGAGAAGGUCAACAAGUUGUUUACUUCUUCUUCCCUCCCUCCCUCCCCUUGUGUGUUGCACUCCCCACCUCUUUAAAAAGCUCUCCUUUCUGCAAUUUUCUCACCUUUAUCACUCCCUCCUUCCUUUCACUUCUCUGCCUCUGCUUUCCCUUUCUCCCUUUCUCCUCCACCUUCCACCUCUCCUCUUUUCGCCCUUUAUUCUCCCCCCAAAGAUUGUAGCUUUCUGUCGAGCAGAGAUUUUUCAACCUUGCCAUAAUCCAAUUCUACUUCCGGAACUCCUCGUUUAUCUUUGGGCAUUGGAAACCUCGGUGAAUUCACUGUUCCUUCACUUUUUGGUGCUCAACUUCAAUAAAGGAGAGAUCUUUUUGCAUUGCCGACCUCGCGGAGAUGAACUCUGGGUCGUCGGAUCGAUCGCCGAAGUGCUUUCUCAACCAGAAUUGGGAUCGCUCCGUCGAUCACAUCAGCCAAUUUGGAUCGGCGCUUGGCUCCUUCAUGUCGCCGCAGUCUUCAUUUGAGCUCGAGAGAGGGUUGCAGAGAAUUGGCCACUUGAGCGAGGAGGUCCCGCCGCAGUCCCAUUUCAUGGAUUCCUCUGGGAAUUCCCAAGCCUUGGGAGGGUUAGUGAUUGCAGGAAAUCUGGCCCUGGCACAUUUGGAUCAGUUUCCGGCUGACCCAGGCUUCGCAGAGAGGGCAGCAAGGUUUUCUAGCUUCGACGGCCAGAGUUACGGUUGGUUCUCAGGCCAUUUCGAGCUCCCUGGGAGCGGCAAGCCUUCGACUGCGGCAAUCAUCCAGUCUCUUACGGCGAGCGGGCUCCAAAUUGGGCACUUGGAGAGCAACAGGCAAAUUCCAGUAUCGAAUGGACUGCAAUUGAAGAUGAAUAGCGCUGGUCCGGCAAUCUCCAGAGAGGAAAUGUCGCUGUCCGAUCCGAUAUCUGCGAGCAACGGCAAGAAGCGAAAAGCUCCUUCGAAGAGCAAAGAAAAGGAUGCUGCUUCACCGAAACCUUCCACCGAUCCUCCCAAGGUGGCAGAUGAAGAGGAUUCCGACACAAAGCGAUGUCGAUCCUCGGGGAAAAUUCAUGAGAUCGGCAUUGACAAUGUUAAGCCAAAGUUGGAGCAAAACGAUGGCGCCAGAAGUAAUGGAAAUGCUGAGCAGAAGCAGAGGAAGGCAGGCAAUGACAAGCCCUCCGAGCCUCCUAAGGACUACAUCCAUGUCAGGGCGAGAAGAGGCCAAGCAACUGAUAGCCACAGUCUCGCAGAAAGAGUGAGAAGAGAGAAGAUUAGCCAACGAAUGAAGUUGCUGCAAGAUCUCGUUCCAGGCUGCAGUAAGGUAACUGGCAAAGCGGUCAUGCUUGAUGAGAUCAUAAACUAUGUGCAGUCGUUGCAGCGACAAGUCGAGUUUCUUUCCAUGAAGCUGGCCACCGUAAACCCACAGCUGGACUUUGACAAUUUGGCGAAUCUCCGUGCCAAAGAUAUGAUUCAGAUUGGUGGACCUGUGCCGAAUUCAGCUUAUUCACCUGAAAUGAGUAUGGUGUCAUCUUAUGCUGAUGUACCACAACAGAAGGACAUUCUUCAUAGCAUUGCGACCAACGGGAUGGAUUUCCACUGCUCUAUGAACUUGUUAGAUUCCACAGGCCACCAAGAUCUCAAUGCACAUCAGGCAUGCCUUGGUGGAUUUGGAGAUUCUUCAUCUCAGCUAGGGUUUUUCUGGGAGGAUGACCUCCAAAAUAUUGUUCAGAUGGGCAUAGGACAAGAUCAGGAGAUUGUUGCUUCCUCUCACAACUUCCAUGGUGGCACCUCCCCAGCUGCUCAAAUGAAAAUUGAGCUUUGAACAAUUGGUUGGUGUGGAGUGAACAAGAUGAAUCUGUAUGUAUAUAUCGCGGCGCUGGAUAAUCGCAGCCCGCAAAGCUUUCAACUAACAACGGUCUUCAGAUCCAAGCACAUUUUUGUUCUACUCUCUAAUUUAUUGAGGGAACAUAAUUCUUUGGGGACUUCUUGUCAGUUAUAUCAGUUGUAUGAUCUAGUUAGAGUCCCAUAAUGUGGUCCAAAUAGAGCACCACAUUUGUGAUGUAUGAUAAUUAGGAAGGGAGGUUGGAAAUCAAGAUUCAACAAUUGUAUUUUGAUUCUACCAUUUAUUCAAUUGGAUGAUUCUUGGUAACA